UAGGCAGGGCUGGCCUGAGCUACCCACGUCCUCAGCUCCAACCCGACAGGCACGGCUUGCGCGUGGGGUGGUCCAUUCUUCCGCGGCAUUCGGCCGGGUCCCCGCGACCCCGCCCCAGGUGGACCGGGGGAGGCCGGGCUCUCGGAAGAGGCCGCUCCCUAACCGCGCCACUGGGGGCCGCCCGCGGGCCGUGCGGUCCCGAGCGCGCCGUGCGUUGCGCCCCGGUCCCCGCGCGCGCAGCUCCGCUCAGGGCGGCCCCGCGCGGAGACACGAUCGGGGCCGGCGAGCGGGCUGAGCGGCGGCGAUGGCGCAGGGCGGGCGGCGGGCGCGCGGCGCGGGGCCCUAGUCCGGCGGGCGCGCUCGGGACGGCGCGGUGGCCGCGCAGCCAUGGCCGGGGAGCGGCGCCGGGCGCUGCUGGAGCUGCUGACGCGGCCGGGGAACGCGCGCUGCGCUGACUGCGGAGCCCCGGAUCCUGACUGGGCGUCCUACACCCUGGGUGUGUUCAUCUGUCUGAGCUGCUCUGGGAUCCACCGGAACAUCCCCCAGGUCAGCAAGGUGAAGUCAGUCCGUCUGGAUGCCUGGGAUGAGGCCCAAGUUGAGUUCAUGGCAUCUCAUGGGAACGAGGCCGCCAGAGCCGCAUUCGAGUCCAAAGUACCGCCCUUCUACUACCGGCCCACGUUCUCCGACUGCCAACUCCUACGUGAGCAGUGGAUCCGUGCCAAGUAUGAGAGGCAAGAAUUCCUUCAUGUGGAGAAGCAGGAACCAUAUUCUGCAGGAUACCGUGAGGGCCUUCUCUGGAAGCGUGGCCGGGACAACGGGCAGUUCUUAAGCCGGAAGUUUGUGCUGACGGAACGAGAGGGUGCCCUGAAAUACUUCAACAAAAACGACGCCAAGGAGCCCAAGGCUGUCAUGAAGAUUGAGCACCUGAAUGCUACCUUCCAGCCGGGCAAGAUUGGCCACCCCCAUGGCCUGCAGGUCACCUACUUGAAGGACAACAGUACACGCAAUAUCUUUAUCUACCAUGAAGAUGGCAAGGAGAUCGUGGACUGGUUCAAUGCGCUGCGAGCAGCCCGCUUCCACUACCUGCAGGUGGCUUUCCCGGGAGCCAGCGACGCAGAUCUGGUGCCCAAGCUCUCUAGGAACUACCUGAAGGAAGGCUACAUGGAGAAGACGGGGCCUAAGCAGACAGAGGGCUUCAGGAAACGCUGGUUUACCAUGGAUGACCGGAGGCUCAUGUACUUCAAAGACCCCCUGGACGCCUUUGCCCGAGGGGAAGUCUUCAUCGGCAGUAAGGAAAGUGGUUACACAGUGCUGGAGGGGCUCCCGCCAUCUACCCAGGGCCACCACUGGCCCCACGGCAUAACCAUUGUCACCCCCGACCGCAAAUUCCUGUUCACCUGUGAGACGGAGGCAGACCAGCACGCGUGGAUUGCAGCCUUCCAGAAGGUGGUGGACAGGCCCAUGCUGCCUCAGGAGUACGCAGUGGAAGCCCACUUCAAGCAUAAACCCUAAGGAAGAGAGCCCGGAGGCCCCAGGAUUCUGCAUUCAUGUGGCUGGACAGGCGGCACUGGACAGUAGGGGAGCCCAGCCUCCUGGCCCACACCCUGCUCCUUGGUGCAGCCCAGGCACGGCCAGGUGGGGCUCAGGCAAGCCCGUUGGACAGGCAUUUCUUCAGAACCUCAUUAAAGUUGAAGGCAGACUUGACUCUGGGCCUCACCUGACCCUGGUCCUGUCAUGCUGCUUCUAGCCAUGCCCAGCUGACCCACCCACCUUCCUGCUGCUGGGAGCCCUGCCUCCCUACUUGAGCAGGCCCCUACUAACUCUCCUGGCCUGAGGGGAUCUUGGCCUCAGGGCAGGACUUGGUGCUGGGCUGCUAUGGACAGCCAUGGACAGCUGUGGCAGCGGGCUGGCCUGGCUGCUGGGGACUCACUCUGGGACAUGCCGCAUGCCUCCCCUUCCCUCCCCCACGUCAACAAGUAUUUAUUGAGCACUGCUGUGUGUCAGUCAGGGAUCAAAGGUCAGGGGUCAGCUCUCCUUCCCCCUAGGACUGACCCAGCUAGGCUACUGGGAGUGUUUUGACUGGGAGCAGUUUUUCCCCCCAAGAGAACUGUGUGCCCAGGCCCUGGGCCCACCUGCUUGGAGCGCCCAGUGCCCUUGGGACAGCUGGCUGGAGCAGCCCGGAGGGAGCCUGCAGGGUGCUGUGCAUGGAGCCAAGCAGCGGUUUCCUUGGGAGCCAGGGAGGUCCCCAUCUGCUUUUGGGCGUCAGUGCCCAGUUCGGUGCUGCCCCCGCUUUGUAACCCAUGCCCUCUGGCCCUUGAAUGAGAGCCCAAACCAAGAGGUGGCCAUGGGCAGGAGUGGCUGCCCCCAGCCCUCACUGCUGCUGGCAGGCCAGUAGUUAAAGCCUCCUGUAUUUAUUUCCCUUGCUGCCCUCUGGCCACCCCGUCAGCUGGGCUCCCUUUUACGGGACCCCCCAAAGGGCAGGUCCUGGCCGCUGGACAGCUAGGGAGCAUUAGUGGGGGAUACAUCUGUGAGCAAUCUGGUCCUCGUCAAAGCUGCGCCCCAGGGAGCUGGGGGAGGGGUCCUUCGUGGGGCUGCCGCUGCCCUGUGUCAUGUCCCCUGGAAUAAAGUGUGGCUCUGGCGUGGUC